ACUACAACUCCCAGACAACACGCGGCGCCAUUGCCUGUGUUGAAGGGAGAGGAGACUCCUUUCAGCAACAUUCUUCUUUACCCAUUCUCCUGUCAGGGUGUUAUAAACUACACUUGUGACUUGUCGUCAGAGUUUGUGUUUGCUCGCAUUUCAGAUCAGUAGUUUAGUGUUCUUCUCUCAUCGGACUCGUCUGGAGUUACAAACUCUUCACGCCGACUCGUCUUCAGCUGGUCCGUAAGGUGGAGCGUGUGAGCUAGUUUACAUUAGCCAGCAGCUACCAGUAGAUUUACGGCUUAUAUCCGUGGCUGCCAGGUAGAUCAACUAAAGCUGGAGGCGCUUGUCAGCCACCAUGGUUUGGUCAGUUCACCGAAGUAUUGAUAACACUUGUAAAUAAUUCAUCUGAUUCAGGGGGAAAUCCACGCAACCUUUGUUUGACUUAUGCGUAGCCCGUCUGGUUUGGCCUGUCUCAUUGUCUCCGAACCCCGAAAACAGGCAAGUGUCUUUUAUUUUUAAUUUAUUCCCCCCAGUGUCAGUCGGUUGUUCGGCGUGUGAGGCAAACUCAGCCGCGUUCGUGUAAACAAACCGAUCAGCUGUCGACUGCAGAUAAUCUUGAAAGCUACGUAGUUCAGUAUGGCGCAACACAGCCACUCUCAUGUAGCCAGUUCUCAGAAAGCACUCAUGUUGGAAAUGAAGAGCCUCCAGGAGGAGCCUGUCGAGGGAUUCAAAAUUACACUGGUGGACGAGGCUGACAUGUACAACUGGGAGGUGGCCAUUUUCGGGCCCCCAAACACUCAUUAUGAAGGGGGGUAUUUUAAGGCUCGGAUCAAGUUCCCUAUAGACUACCCUUACUCCCCACCUGCCUUCCGGUUCCUCACCAAGAUGUGGCACCCCAACAUCUAUGAGAAUGGAGAUGUGUGCAUCUCUAUAUUGCACCCUCCAGUGGACGACCCGCAGAGUGGAGAGCUGCCUUCAGAGAGGUGGAAUCCCACCCAGAAUGUCCGGACGAUUUUGCUGAGCGUGAUCUCGUUGCUGAAUGAACCCAACACCUUCUCCCCGGCCAACGUGGACUCCUCCGUCAUGUACCGCAAAUGGAGGGACAGCAAGGGCAAGGACCGCGAGUACGUCGAGAUCAUCAGGAAACAGGUCGUGGCCACCAAGGCCGAAGCUGAGCGCGACGGCGUGAAGGUGCCUACCACGCUGGCCGAGUACUGCAUCCGCACGCGCGCCCCGGCCACCGACGAAGGCUCCGACCUCUUCUAUGACUAUUACUAUGACGACGACGAUGUGGAGGGCGAGGACGGCGACUGCUGCUACGAUGAAGACGACUCGGGCAACGAGGAGUCGUGACAUGCUUUUUAAACUGCAUCCCGACCGAAGCUGACACAUGCUACCCGUUUUUUCUGUCUGGGUUGCCAGAAAUUCUUGGUCGACACCCAAGAAAGAUUUGAAGCUUUCCACUUCUUAACCAAUGAAAAGAGCUGUUUUUUUUAAGCCUCUGAAUUAUUUUCAGAGGCGAACCUCGAUGCACUGUUGUAGAGGGGUCAGACCUAGUCAAAUUUGCACCAGCACAAAAGUCACCAGUUUCCUCAGUUUUACAUCCAUUAUCAUUUUCCUUAUCACCUAAAUCCUUACUUUCAGAGAAUAUUACCUAAUCCUAUUGAGUUUUAAUGGUUUCCUGUACAGUACAUAGUAUUGUGGGGUUAAUACCACUUUUAUCAAUCUCUACAUUUGCAUUGGUGCAAACACUUCCACACUUUACUCGGCGUCUCUCUUGCAUAUCUUUAUUUCCCUAAUUGUAACUGGGUGUUGCUCACCAGUAGAUGAUCUCAGUGACUGACAGAAGAUUGAGGGCUUCAAGCACUUAGUGUUUGUACUGAACAAUCUGCUGAAAAGCCGUUGACUCAGACAUUUUCCAAGUUUCGCAAUCUGUCGGGCUUCGAUAUGACGGUCAUGUCACAGGACAAUGUUUUCAACGUUCUUGUGCUUGCCGGAUCAUGAUCGGAAGCUUUUUGUCCCUUUUUUUGCUCUCGGAUCCGUUUUCAGCUCGGUGAGAAGAAAGACUCGUUGACUGAGAUGCCAGAGAACUAUCUGGAGGACCGGCUGGCUGAGUCAGUGAGUCGAAUCCUCGUGUGAACCGUUUUGGUAACAAGAAAUUGAUCUUUUUCUGUGUUUCUUCUGGUUACUGUUGGAUGUGUUUCCGUGUCAUUUUGAGUGUGGGGUUAUGUUAGCUGAAGUAGCUCAGAUUUAAUAGUUAUGUAGGGAAGUUGUUCAGGGGGGCAGAACUAAUUACUGAUCAGAACUGUAUUUCUCCUCAGGGUUGCUCUCUGAGAGGCCUGACGGAGCCAAAGACAUAAACGAAAGCCUAAACUGUUGUAUUCUUGUCUUUGGUUGCUCUCUUGCAGGCAUUGUUAUUUUAGUCUCUUUCUUUGGUUAGACAUUAUGCCUGCAAUCUUUUGCUUGGAAUGAUUUAUGUGAUGAGGUUUGGUUUGAUUGGCAAAAAAAUGCUUCUAUAGGAAAUAUGUCUGUUUUUAAAAUAAAAAUGUUGUUGCGCUA